UUGAACACAACACUUGCACCGACGUCACACUACGUUGUCGAUUAUAUCACCGUUUCACCGGGUUGAUACUUCCUUUGCCGGCUAGCUUGGAAACACUCAAAUAAAAUAUCACCGGACAAUUUUGAACAAGCGUCUUUAACAUCUACUUAGACAAAAUGUCUUCAUACGAAGAAGGGAACGAUUCCAAAUUAAUGAGGAAAGUAAAGGAGAAUCCGUUUGUCCCAUUUGGAUUGGCAGGAUUUGUUGCCAUUGUUGGACACCAGCUGUAUAAAAUGAAGAAUCGGGGGGACACAAAGAUGUCAGUUCACCUGAUCCACAUGCGUGUAGCUGCACAGGGCUUUGUGGUUGGAGCCAUGACAGUUGGAGUCAUAUAUUCAAUGUACACAGAUUACAUAAAGAAACCCAGAAAUGAGAAGUAAAUGGUGAAACACGUGCACAUGGACCCUUAGAAUAAACCUCUGUUCUCCUUAAAACCUUCACAUAUUUACAUGUGUGACCAGAGUCUGAAGUGACAAGUUUGAACCAACUAAUGGCACCUCCAACUUUAAACAAAGUGUUCCAGUGGUCACACUAAACCUGUAUUUAAUGCUUUUAGUGCUCUUCUUGGCACAUCUUGUGUUUGUGACUGUGAUUACUGUACAGAUGAGUGGGUGUUUUGAGGAUGAUGUUAAUACUGAUUUUGUUAAAAAUAUAUUAAAAUUUGCAGAAGAUAAAUUAAGAUUAUUUGUGUAGAAAGACUGUGUUUUACCUGACUACUUACGGCAAUAUGAACAUUUAUUAAUACCAUUUUGUUUAGUAAUUGUUGAUUUUAUUUUAUUUUUGCCAAAUCAAAGCAUUUGUAUUUUUGUGAGCAUCCAGUUGCAUUUGGGGCACCUUGAGAAAGGCUUUUAUAACACAUGGCUCAAUAAAAUCUAAUUAUUUAAACAAAAACACUACAGAUGGGUUUUGAUUCAGCGUAGCAGAAAAGGUACUUCACCCCAUGGACAUAGGAAACAGCAUUUUUUGCUAAACACCAGAGUUGUAAAGGUGUACUGUAACAAUUUUCCUUUCAUUUUUCAGUUUUUGCCGUGUUUGUGUUUCAUACCAAAAGAAUAAUUCAAAAAAUAAUCUAAAUACACUUGGAUACACAUACGGUAGUAACAUAUCAACUGCAGUAAACCUUUCUGAGAUAUUUUUAAAUACAUUACUUAUUAAAGCAUAAUUUUACAGUGUGUAUACAUUUGUGAGAAGUCUGAUUUUUUUUCUGCUGUAAUUCUGUUUUGGAAUCUCAAAUUGAGAUUUUAUACCAGUUUUAUUAAAACCAUAAGUAUACUUCUGACUGCUCACACAAACGUAGUCCAACAGCUUUUCACCUAUUUUCUGUUAACUUCUGUGUUCAUCAAGUGUUCUAAAGAAAAAAACUACAUAUUUGUUAUCAAAUAAAGUCUUCUAUCCCACUGA